AUGUAAUCACAACUUCCUCAUGUUAGGAUCUCUAGGUAUCCUAAAAAUGCAGAUAUUUCCUCGAAUUACCAAUUAACAAUUAAUUCUCACACAAAAAUGACUGUGAAACUUCAUUGCAACAAUUCACCGGACUGCAAGAUUCAACCAUUUUUAAACAAAUAUCACAUAAAACAACAGCUCUUGAAGGCUGUCCGGCAUAAAAAUGUUUAUAAUAAUUGUCGCAAACUAUCACUAUUAAUCUUUAACGUCACUAAAAACAAACAUUCACCAAAAAUCCUUAGAACAUAUAUGGAAAUACCACAAUGGACCACGAUGUUUUGCCAAUGUUUUGCCCUGACUAGCGCUAUCCUUCUCGUUUCUCAUUCUAGCCGCAAUGAAGUCGCGUUACGCCUGUUUCAUCAGUGUUGACAGUUCAUUGGUCUAAAUC